CCGGAUAAGAGUUCCUACUGGGCAGGCGUGGAUAAAUCGUGCAUAUCGGAACAGGCCAAAAGCCUUGGACACGACAUAGCUAGCCCACCAUGAGCACGGGAGAUGGGAAGCUGUUUGCGAGGGUAUGUUCGCAUCCCCCUCAUUUUCUUGUCCACGUGCAUGCGCCAUCAGCCUUCUACUCCGACUAUGUUACGCGUCUCCUCUACCCGCAGUAGUCUUACAAUGUACACUGUUUCCUUCACGAUCAUAUUCCUCCUCACUCCUCUCCCCGUCCCUGGACCAUGGCCUCGCAAUGUUCCUCCCUUAUGUCUAUGACACGGCACGCUUACACGCUGCGCGUUCACCACAGGGCAAAGUAGCGGAGUUGCGCCUCGAGCUCAACAGUGGCGGAAAGAAAGACAAGAACUUCGCAGCGAAGAAGACGGCCCUGAAGAAGAUUGUUGCCAACAUGACCAUGAGCAACAAUGACAUGGUGGCUCUGUUUCCGGACAUCGUGGGAUGCAUGCAUAUAUCCAGUUUGGAGAUCAAGAAGAUGUGCUUCUUGUAUCUCGUCCACUAUGCCCGGGCCAAACCGGACAUUGCGCUAAAUGCACUGCCCAUAAUCCAGGAGGAUCUGCACGACAGCAAUCCGCUUGUGCGAGCGCUGGCAUUACGGACCAUUUCCUACGUUCACGUACGCGAGUAUGUGGAAGCCACGGUCCCACACCUGAAGAACCUGCUUCGAGACUCCGACCCCUAUGUGCGCAAGACGGCCGCCUUCUGUGUAGCUAAGCUCUACGAUCACGACCGACACCUCGUCGAGUCUUCGGAUUUGAUCGACAGACUGAAUGGCAUGCUGCGCGACGAGAAUCCCACUGUCGUCUCCAGUGCUCUGGCGGGCUUGAUGGACAUCUGGGAGCGCAGUGAGAACAUCAGGCUGACCAUUGACUACGCAAGCGCGUCCAAGAUCGUCUCCAUCCUACCCGACUGCUCUGAAUGGGGCCAAACGUACAUCCUCGAAGCCAUGAUGAAUUAUGUUCCCCAAGACGUUACAGAAGCCGCAUUACUGGCCGAGCGCAUUUCCCCGCGGCUGUCACAUUCGAACUCGGCCGUUGUCCUUACCUGCAUCCGCGUUAUUUUGUAUCUCAUGAAUUACAUAUCUGACCAGAAAGUCAUCAAAUCAUUAUGCAACAAGCUCUCGCCCCCGCUCGUCACCCUCCUAUCCAAAGGACCCGAGAUCCAAUACCUGGCGCUGAGAAACGCCCUCUUGAUCCUGCAACGUCGGCCGGAGGUGCUGCGCAACGAUAUCCGAGUCUUCUUCUGCAAAUAUAAUGACCCAAUCUACGUGAAAGUAACGAAACUCGAGCUCAUAUUCAUGCUUGCGACGGAGAAAAACAUCAAAGAAGUCUUGACUGAGCUGGCGGAGUAUGCGACCGAGAUCGAUGUCGACUUUGUGCGGAAAUCCGUGCGUGCCAUCGGGAAACUCGCCAUCAAAAUCCCUCCCGCCGCCCAGCUCUGCAUCUCCACGCUCCUCUCCCUGGUCAGCACCAAAGUCUCGUACAUUGUGCAAGAAGCCACGGUCGUGAUCCGCAACAUUUUCCGCAAGUACCCGAACCAGUACGAAUCCAUCAUCAGCACGCUGUGCGAGAAUCUGGACUCGUUCGACGAGCCCGAGGCGAAAGCGGCGAUGAUCUGGGUGAUUGGGCAGUACGCGGAUCGGAUCGAGGAUAGCGAUGUCCUGCUCGACGAUUUCCUAGACACGUUCCAGGAGGAGACGCACGAGGUGCAGCUCGCACUGCUCACGGCGACGGUGAAGCUGUUCAUCCAGCGGCCGACGCGGGGCUCGGCGCUCGUGCCCAAGGUGCUCAAGUGGGCGACCGAGGAGACGGAUAACCCGGACCUGCGAGAUCGCGGAUACAUGUACUGGCGGCUGCUCUCGUCGGCGCCGGAGGAGGCCAAGAAGAUAGUCAUGGGGGAGAAGCCGGCGAUUACGGCCGAGGAGAGCGAGAAGCUGGAUCCGGCGACGCUGGAGGAGAUGUGUCUGAAUGUGGGGACGCUGGCGACGGUGUACCUCAAGCCGGUCAAUCAGGUGUUUAGGCAGGCCCGGGUGCGCAAGUUGGGCGAUAGUUCGGCGCUGCAGCGGGACGAGCUGCCGACUGUGAAGGCGGCGAAGGCGGCGAGGGAGAGGGCGGUCAAGGAGCGCGAGAGGCUCGAUACGAGUCUGGCUGCCAGUGCGGCCGCUGGUGCGAACAAUGGAAGCAGCGCGGGCGGCAUGAGCGCUGCCGUCAGCGAUGCGGAUCUGUAUUUCCAGGGGGUGGGGAGAUCGAGCACGUGGGGGGCGAGUCCGCUUCCCCUGAGCCCCGAGCAGGCCGGCCAGCAUGGGUAUGGUGGGCAGCAGUUGCAGGGACAGUGGGUGGUGAACCAGAAUGCGGCGCAGCAGGUGGGUGGUGCGGGAGCGGUAGGUGAUGGGCGAGAUCAAGUGCCGGAUAUGCUGCUGUUUUAGAGGCUGGGGAUUGGGCAUUCAAGAGGCGAGACACAUGUAGAUAUUGAAGACGGAAUGUCACGAUUGGAGGUGAUGAAGUUGAGAUUGGGGGUAUCUUACACGUACAUGGUAUGGAAAGUGAUCACUUUAGACGUCUGUCGCAAAAGUGCAAACUGAGAAAUGGGAAUA